CCCCAAUACCUAAAAGGUUGUCAGCUCGAUCUGGUCUUUUUCUUUCCAUCAAUCACUACCCUCAGCAGCUUCAGCUUCACAUUGUCCGGAAUAUGCUCAGCGACCAAGAAAUCGAGCGGGCGGAGGCCCAGCUAGCCGAAUACAAAAGGAGCGAUGCCCUGUCGCGGCUCCUCGAACAAUAUGCGGUCCUGAUCGAAGACUACAAGCGCCUCAAGAGCGACUACGAGGAGGAGCGAGAGGCACGAGAGAAAUACAAGCAGUUGGCCAGGGACCAGGAGCGGAACCCGUUCGUUCUCCUCCUGGUUGACGGCGACGGCUACGUCUUCAACGACACGCUGCUUGCCAAGCGCGCCGACGGUGGGAGCGCUGCGGCCCAACUGCUGCACGAGGAGGUCAAGGCGAGCCUGCGGCGAAAAGGGCUUGAGCACUGCCAGGUCAUGGUGCGCAUAUACGCCAACGUCUUCGGUCUGUCUAAAACACUCUCGAAAACGGGCGUAGUCGGCGCCGACAGCCGGUCGCUUGCCCCUUUCAUCGCCAGCUUCAACCGCUCCUACGGACUGACCGACUUUGUCGAUGCCGGCCAGCUGAAGGAGAACGCAGACUUUAAGUUGCGUGCGCUCCUCCGUCUGUAUGCGAACAAUGCGCAGUGCAAGCACAUCUACUUCGCAGCCUGCCACGAUGUCGGCUACAUCUCCGAGCUUAUACCCUUCACGGCCAACAGCUCCAAAUUUACCCUCGUCAACUCGCCGGGCAUCCGGUUCCACGACGAGUUUACCAAGUUGGGCAUGGGUAUCGAAGAGUUCCGCAGUGUGUUCCGGCAUGCUCCGCUUGAGGGCAACUCCCAGUACCGGCCCCCCAAUAUCGGCGUCGCUAGCAGCAACGCCAUCUCGGCGGUGCCUCAGCCGGCAUCGCCGAAUAAGCAACCCGCUCCUCAAAACCCGGCAUCCGCUAUCGAUGAUCAGAGGCCUGUCUGCCUCUUUUACUCUUUGGGCAGGUGUCGCUAUGGCAAGUCUUGCAAGAUGCUGCACCUAAAUCCUCCGGCCGAUGGUGCCAGUGCCGCAUCGCAGGCUGAUGAGCCACCGCCGACCUGGUCUAACCCCGUGGACGGUCUGUUGGACGCGGCGGAAAAACUCGACAAGUUGCCUGCCAAGUGGGAGAUCCCGUUGGGUUGCGUCGCGGUCAACAAGAACAACUACCGACUCGAUCCUCGUCUUGCCCCGGUCAGCGCCGAUGUCAUCGGCCGCCUAAAGGCUCGCGUGGACAAACGGCGGGUGUGCAACAGCUUCCACCUGCAGGGAUCCUGCGAUUCUGGUGAUCGAUGUGAAUACGAUCACGAGCCCCUAGAGCCCGAGUUCCUGCCGGCCCUGGAAUCGCUCGCCCGCUCCCAGCCUUGCCCCCGGCGUGGCGCAUGCCGGGUCGAGGGCUGCACUCACGGACACAUCUGCCAGAACCCGGAAUGCAAGCACCGCGGUGGCAAGGCGUACUGCAAGAUACCAUAUCAUGCACAUCUCGAAGACUACAAGGCUUAUGACUUCCCUGCCAGCAUCUCCAAGCCAAGGCGAAAGCCGGCGAACGACAGCAACGAAAGCAACAGCGAGUAGCCGGUACA